AUGUAGAUGUAGAUAGUGAUUCAAGCGAAGAUGAAGCUGAUAAUGAUAUAUAUUUAUAUUUACCUUCUAAUAAAUAUCAAAAAGAAUCCACUUCAACCAUCACUUCUUUGAACUCUUUUAAUAGCUGA